AUGAUCGGGUACCUCGCAGCCUACUCCCCUCGUUCGGCCGCUUUAGCUCCUCAGCCGGCUGGUCGUUCCGAGUAUUCUCAGUCACGGGAUUUUUCUCAAGCGGAUGCUUCCAGUCUCGAUACAAGCACAUUGAUCGAGCUACAGCAAACCGUCAGUCCGAGACUACUGAAUUCAUCCCCAAGUGAGCAACUCCCAAAUGACACGUGUGCCGCUCCCAUUGGCGUCCGACUCCCCCAUUCAUCAUCAUCCACAUCCGAACCUCUUACUGCAGCACCGGAAUGGAUUCCACUACCCAACCGGUACCUUAUGGUUUCAUGCACCAACGGCAGAAGCACGAAUCGCCUCUUAUGCUUUCAGAAGACCAUUCUGGCAGCGAUUCUCCUUAACCGCACGCUGCUUGUUCCCGAGGUUCCUCUCUGUCUCCCCGCCACUCUCGGCCGGCCGGUGGUGUAUUCUGAAAUUAUAGACAUUGGCUACUUGUCCCAGUGCUUCGGGGAGCGGCCAAGUCCGGGAAACGGAGCACAGCCUGUCCGCAAGGUGAUAACAGGAUCAGAUUUUCUUAAAUCAAAUGGCGGUAAGGGAAGCGAAUUAGUAGUUGAUAAAGUCCUCUGCGGCCAGGUGAAGAACAGCUGUCACUUCAUAGAUAGCAGCUGCGGCGAGGCGAAAGAAAUAAAGCUCUCAGAGAAAGAGAUCGUCAGCGAGGAGAAGGGUAAGAAUCUGUUUGACCUGGCUCCAAAGAUCGCAGCUGCAACUGCCAACGUUCCUGUGCUUUCCCUUGGCGACCUUUUCUACUCAUUCUUCAAUGAUAAUGAUCCUAUUGAUUCUACAUUCUUCUGGCCUAGUCGAUUCUUCAACACCUCGUGUGAGCUGCUUUUCCGGCCUCCCCAGCAUGUGCUUAACCAAGCUUCAGCGUUCAUAAAGGAGUACCUCGGGGUGAAUUAUGCUUCUAUGCACCUUCGGCGGACGGAUUUUCUUGACUACAGCCGCCAGGUGGGUCUACAGUACUGGCCGUUACAGGCUGUGGCGGAGUGUACUGCAUCGAAAAUGGUGCAGUUGAACGUGACCAAUCUUUUCGUUUCCUCGGAUGCUUCUGAUGAGGAACUGGAAGUUCUCAAGGAGCUGUUACAGUCGCAAGGAUCGAUUGCUAGGGCGAGGGGGUACGCAUGGUCGAUUGUGGUAGUCAGAUUGCCUAAGGAGCUGAAUAUUCAACCAGGUCAGCUAGCAAUGGUGGAUAAGCUAGUGGCAGCGCACGCCAUGGUUACAAUGACUACCCAACGGUCAACGUUCUCACGCCACAUAGGGUAUCUAAGGGAGAGUCUGGGCCUCGCAUCGUGCCAUGAUGGGCUCAUCUGCGAGGGCAAAGCUAAAGAAGCUAUUGAAUUAAAAUUCAGGCGUUGA